CCCUUUAAGGCUUGGCCUACGUGGCAGCCGCUGGAGCCGCGCCGCGGAGCGAGGCCGGCCGCCGGGCACUUCCUGUGGAGGCCGCAGCGGGCCGAGCGCGAGCGCCGAGCAGCAGCCAGCCGAGCCUCCUGCCGCCAUGGGCCAGAACGACCUGAUGGGCACGGCCGAGGACUUCGCCGACCAGUUUCUGCGAGUCACCAAGCAGUACCUCCCCCACGUGGCCCGCCUCUGCCUGAUUAGCACCUUCUUGGAGGACGGCAUCCGCAUGUGGUUCCAGUGGAGCGAGCAGCGUGACUACAUCGACACCACCUGGAGCUGUGGCUUGCUGGCCUCGUCCUUCGUGUUCCUCAACUUGCUCGGACAGUUGACUGGCUGUGUCCUGGUGUUGAGCAGGAACUUCGUGCAGUAUGCCUGCUUUGGGCUCUUCGGAAUCAUAGCACUGCAGACGAUCGCCUACAGCAUUUUGUGGGACUUGAAGUUCUUGAUGAGGAACCUGGCCCUUGGAGGAGGCUUGUUGCUGCUCUUAGCAGAGUCCCGUUCGGAAGGGAAGAGCAUGUUUGCAGGCGUCCCCACCAUGCGUGAGAGCUCUCCCAAACAGUACAUGCAACUCGGAGGCAGGGUUUUGCUGGUCUUGAUGUUCAUGACCCUCCUUCACUUUGAUGCCAGCUUCUUUUCUAUCAUCCAGAACAUCGUGGGCACAGCUCUGAUGAUCUUAGUGGCCAUUGGCUUUAAAACCAAACUGGCGGCUUUGACUCUUGUCGUUUGGCUGUUUGCUAUCAACGUGUAUUUCAACGCCUUCUGGACCAUUCCAGUCUAUAAGCCCAUGCAUGACUUCCUGAAGUACGACUUCUUCCAGACCAUGUCGGUGAUUGGAGGCUUGCUCCUGGUGGUGGCCCUGGGCCCUGGGGGUGUCUCCAUGGAUGAAAAGAAGAAAGAGUGGUAAUGAGCAGAUCCCUACCCUAUCUGGCCAAGACCUGUGCCCUUGUGGACUGGUUCAGGGUGGAGUCAACAAACUGCCAGCAUUUCCAUGUCCUCUUCCCUCCCCUCCCUUGGUAAAGGCACCCAUGUUUGAGAACUUUACUUGCAGACACCUGAAAAUUGGGGGCAAAACCUGCUCUGGAACCACAGGCUGAUAUCUGACCAUUGAGUGCUGAUCUGUGUGGCCAGUCCCCUGGCCAUCCCCUGGUGUAAUCAGCUCAGUGGCUUAUGGCCUCAGUCCUGUUUUUGAGUCCUUUUAGGGGUGAGGGACUUCACACUGUACCGUGAGCAGACACCUGUAUCAUUCAGAGCAGCCCCCCUGUUGUUUUUUAAGUUUACAUUCUUAGCUCAAACUACUAAAUGGUUUUGGAUGAUGCAGCCAGACUUCACAUGCAAAGCUCCCUGGUUGAAACGGCAUCAGUGGCUUGGACGUUGUUUCUGCCCCUGCAUUGUAAUACCUUAGAGUCAGGCUAUUUAGAGGCACCCCAGCCCCACAUGCUGCGGUACUGGCGGGGAGACCAGGGCUGCUGCUGGAGCUAGAAGUCAUUAACACCAUCAGCUCAGAUGGGCACCAUUCACUGGGAUAGACACCCUCCCAGAGCUUUCCUGGCUCAAGGCAGGGACUGAGGGGUAGACAGCCUUGGGAAGCUGCACACAGGGUGGCCAGCCUCUCCACCGAAUGGCUUGGGGAGGAGCAGUAGCAGGGGACCCAGCAGUGACAGGAGCUCCCAGAUUGGAGACCCACAGGCUCAACCCAGUUACCUCAACUUGCCCUUCACAGAGCAAGGCCCGGCUGCCCUAGGCUGCGCUGUUCCCAGCGUGGCAGCAUGGUUCCAGACUGUACCUGCCCUGUGGGUGGCCCCGAGUCACCUGUUCCCAAGGUUUCGCUUGCUCAGUUUGUCCAUUUGCUAUGCCAAUGCAGCCAAGAUUACUUUCUACAAUUGUGAUGCCUUACCAAUUUGAUCUUGAUCCUGUAUUUAAAGUUUUCUAACAUUGCCUUAUACCGUGUUCCUCUUUUUGGUGGGGUGGGGGUAUGCUGCUGUGGUGCCCUGCUCAUCUGCAUGGUAGUGCCAGAAGGGUAGUUGGAAAACACCCCCUCCCACCAGAUAGAUCCUAGGGUGGACUGAGGCGUCUGAUGGGAGGGAAGAUGGCCACUUAUCCCAUGCUGGGUAUAGCUCCUGGAGCCCUUCCUAGGCACGUGGGGCUGAGGUGUGCCCUGGGGCUGCUGCAGGCUAGCCAAGCCUGCACUUCAAGCCUGCCUCCUCUCCCCUGGCCCUACCUACCACAAGGGCAUGAUGGCACACCUUUUCCACACUACCUUGUGUUCUACCUGCCACUGGGGCUCUGCCUGAGGCCUGCUCCCUCAGCGUGUGAAGAUCCCAGCAGUGGCUUCAGACCACGGGGUUAUUCCUGCUUAUGGUGUCCUGCUUACAACACGCAGGACCCGUUAGCUGCAGCUACCUUGGCACGCAUCCCUCCUGAUUAUACAGUGUGAUGGCCCCAUCAGGUGACCCUGGGCCACACCAGUGCCUGUGGUGCCACUAUUGGCUGGUUUGUGGUGUAGGGCUGACCCAGGAAGGGUACAAGGGUCAGCAGGGGUGGCCUCCACCCUGGGUGCCCAGUCUGCUGCCUGAGUGAGCUGGACCAGAAGAGGAAGACACAAUCUACCCGUGGAUUUCAGCAAAACAGUCUCUGAAAAUGCUUUUGCUUUAUGUGGGAAUAGGUAUAAAUCUGAUUUUUAUGCUGUAUUUUAUAUCUUAGUUGUGUUUGAAAACGUUUUGAUUUUGGAAACACAUCAAAUAAACAAUGGCAUUUGUGGUA